AUGCCUCGUCUACCGAGUGCCCAACAAAUUAUUGCCAUCUACAGUGAUAAGGAGUGUAUUUCCAUUGCUGCCAACAGAGCUACCAUACGAGAAACGCGCGAUAGCACCGGAGAUAAUACCCAUCGUGGCCUCGAGUUCAUUUGGUAUUGGACUUGGGACAUCGUGAUAAACAAAAUUACCUGGCGCUACAUCUCACUUUCAAAGAUUCCCCAGCCUCGUAUAACAAGCGUUUUUGUAGCACAAGGGGGCACAGGACAGGAGCGCUGGAAGACCUGCGUCCCAGACUUUGGUAUUGUGCGCCAUCUGGACGAAGAAGUGAUAGAGAUGGAUGGCGAAGAAAUCGUGUUUCCUGCCAAGUCGAAGUUGGUAGCUAUUGGAGAGAUCAAGCCUGCUCCUAGCGAUGAUUCAGUAGCGAUGAUCAAGCAUGCAAUCACAGAAGCUACUAUGACACUUUCAAAGCAGGCCAGAACGUUCUUUCGCGCAUAUCCCAAGAGAAAGGCUAUUGUUGGCAUUUCUGUUGCUGGAGAGUAUUGGAGUUUUCAGACACUGCAUAGCAAAAACUUCAAAGAUAAUGCCAACAUUGAUGAACCCAACCCCGAUUAUCUUCCUAGCAAUCCGUCGUCCUCGGUGUCCCCCGCUCCCAUGAGCAUAUCUGAUCAGUCAUCCCCCGAUCCCUUGGAUUUUCUUAGUCCUGGCAAGGCAAUUGAACAUCCUAUUUAUCGGUUGCGAACUACCAACAGUAAUACUGUAAUGGAUCAAUUAGUUGAUGCAAUAAGGAAGUUGGAGGCAGUGGAGGGUUCUAAAGAGUUCGAUUACAUGCCCCUCUAG